AUGCCGUCCUCGGCCACCAUCAAAGCAAAGGAAAAGUACGAGGCGAUGCUUGCAGCCGCCAAGGGCGACGGGGUUUCUCACAUGUCGAACCGCGUCGUGGCAACGAGACAUCCGUCGACUGGAGGCUGCGAGAUGACCAACUCCAUCACCCGCAGAUCGAGCCACGGCAGCGACACCUCGAGCACGGGGCGCUUUCGAACCAUGAUCAGAAACAUGCUUUCGCCGCCUGCCUACUAG